CAAAAUGAGCAUGUGAGUCGGGCAGGAGAUGAGCCCCGGUCAGUGUGAUGGGAGGAGUGUAGAGAAACACAAGGGUUUGUUUCCUGUCUCCUUGUGACACAAGUCGCUUCCUCCAGUAAAGAAGACACAGCGAUGGCUGAUCCAAACACAUCUUCUUUUUUCAUUGACUUUGGCUCCGCUUAUGACGAACUCAACUUCACCUACAAUGACUCUGAGUUCUUCAUAGACCAGGAUACGCAGCCCUGCAGCCCCUUCUCCCCCUCAGAUGCAGUCAUGGCUGGAGUUGGUACAUUCUACAUCCUCGUCUUCCUGCUGGCCAUCCCUGGAAACCUGGUCGUGGGGCUGGUGAUUGGCCUCAGCAGGCAGACGCUGCCGCCCUCUGACCUCUACCUCCUCCACCUGGCAGUCGCCGACCUCCUGCUCGCCAUCACUCUCCCAUUCUGGGCCGUCUCCGUCAUGUGGGGCUGGGUGUUCGGAGACGCCAUGUGCAAAAUCAUCACCAUCCUCCAAGAGCUGAGCUUCUACUCCAGCAUCCUCUUCCUGACGUGCAUCAGCAUUGACCGUUACAUGGUGAUUGUGCGCGCCAUGGAUGCUCGCAGGGCGAACCGACAGUUGGUCAGCUGGGGAGUUUGUGGUGCCGUCUGGGCUGUCGGAGCGUGUUUGUCUUUGCCGGGCCUCUUCAGUUCUUCAAUCUCUUCUCGAAACUCCAGUCGGAUGGCGUGCACUGAACACUACGAAACAGGCAGCGCCGACGAGUGGCGGCUGGCCACCAGGAUGCUCCGCCAUUCUCUGGGUUUUGUCAUCCCCCUGGCCAUCAUGCUGCCCUGCUAUGGAGUCACCAUCCGGCGCCUCCUUCACGUCCGCGGGGGCUUUCAGCGGCAGCGAGCCAUGAGAAUGAUUGUGGUCGUGGUGUUCGCCUUUCUGCUUUGCUGGACGCCGUACCACCUUGCAGUGAUGGCAGAUACGUUUUUCCGGACAAAGGUAGUGCCCUACCGGUGCCCAGCGAGGAUGGCGGUGGAUCAGGCCAUGUUUGCCACCCAGAGUCUCGGCCUGCUUCACAGCUGCGUCAACCCGUUGCUGUACGCCUUUGUGGGAGAGAAGUUCAGGAGGAACCUGCUGCAGUUGAUGAGGCAGGUUGGCGUCCUGGAGAGAGCAUCAGUGUCGAGGGCCAGCAGGUCGUCAAUGUCGUCAGAAAUCACAUCCACGGUCAUGUGACAACUUUCAACCAUUCAGACCAUUUACUGCAGGGAUUCACGUUUUGGACAAGAAAGGGCCGGUUUUCAUUAUUAUCUGCAAUAUUAUUACCCUCACCAAAGUACCUUGAGCGUUUCAUGAAAUGUCUAAAUACCUUUUCAUACUAUGAUCCAUUUUUUCCUGUGUUAUUUAACCAGGUUAAGCCGCAACAUUUUUUUUGUGGUCAACCAUUUCAUUCCCAUCAGUCAAGCCUUGCACUGAGGAAAUGGUGGUAAACAUGUUUGACACGUUUACAUUUCAACAUGAUGAUACCUACAUGUCACAACACUUGUAGAGAAGCAGCAGAAGAAAGAAGUUCAGAAGUCACAGCUCAGUGUUCGACGAUGAUUAGUGCAGCGUGUGCGUGAAUUAUCAAGAUCAUUUGCUGUGAUUCAAAUUUACAAACCAAUGUGACCAUCCUUUGAAAAAGCAUUUUAAGAAAAUAGUUUGUGAUAUUACGACUUUAUUCUCAAAAUCUGAAAGAGGGCAAAAGUUGUAAUAUUAUUAGAAUAAAGUUUUAAUGAGCUCGCAGGAGUUCCAUUACUUCUGCCUUCUGGAUCCUAAAUCGCUGAUUUCAGUCGACCACUACCAAACAUUUCCUCCUUCACAAAAGUGACAAUAUCUGUGUGGUUCUUUCUUCAGAAUAGACUCUUGCACAUUCCUUCCUUACACUCGUGACAAUGUGAUGCUCAUGUGACAAAAUAUGUAUUAAGUAAUAUGUAUUUUUGUUAUUGGUGAAACGCUCCACAUUCUUCAUUUUAUCGCAGGCGACAAACGGAUCUGAUGAUAUUUACAAAUAGCAUGAAAGUACGACUUUAGUCUCGUAAAAAUCUCGUAAUGUUACGACUUUGUUCUCGAAAUUUCAGUUCUUCUCCCUUCAAGUGGCCGUGCUUCUCCAUUGUGAUGCUAUAGCUCAGCAGAGGCAUUAAACUAUCUUGUACAGUACUGUAUUGCCUCAUAUACGUUUUUAUAGUCAGCUAUUGAUUUUUAUAGGACUGUUUGAGUUUUUUGUAUAAGCCGAAUACAGCGGGUUGUUAUUCACACGUGUUUAUCAAUAAAGUUUCAUACAAUUAUGAACAGUG